AUGACUUCUCAAGCCUCAUCGGACAGCACCCCUGAGACCGUCACCACUCCUACGGUGGUCCCCCCAGUGGCUCCUCUUACCACGCCGGCCAAGUCUGAUUUUCACCCGGCGCUUGCUGUUUCGAACAUUAGGAAUAACAUUCCUAUUAGGCUUGACAUGGGCACUGACCGCUAUGGCACUUGGGCGGAGCUUUUUCGCAUUCAUGCCCGUUCCCAUCGGGUUCUGCAUCACAUUGUCCCUGGUGCGGACAAGCCUCCUCCGCUAGUCACUGACCCUACUUAUGAGCAGUGGGCCACUUUGGAUGCCACGGUCCUUCAGUGGAUUUUUUCCACCAUUUCUGUUGACCUGAUGACCACCAUCAUGGAGCUUGACUCCACUGCUCUCAGUGCUUGGACGCGUUUAGCGGAUCGAUUUCAUGAUAAUCAGAACGCCCGUGCAGUUACCCUAGAGCAGGAGUUUUCUGUUGUUCGCAUGGAGGCUUUUCCGACCGUCGCCACCUACUGUCAGCGUCUGAAGACGCUUUCUGAUCAGCUCCGUGAUGUCGGGGCUCCUGUGAACAACCAUCGUCUAGUAUUGCAGCUCAUCUCCGGCCUCACUGAUGCUUAUAAGGGUGUCGCCACUUUGAUUCGCCAGAGCAAUCCACUCCCCUCGUUUCAUCAGGCUCGCUCCAUGCUCACCUUGGAAGAAGCCGGUAUGGCUAAGAUGAAACCUGUUGAGCCUCCUACUGCCUAUGUUGCUACUCAGCCGCGACCUUCUGAUGCCUCUUCUCAGAGCUCUGAUUGUCGGUCCUCCAAUCGUUCUCGAUCCCACAACUUUAAGGGUCGUGGUGGGAAUCGUGGCAACGGUGGUGGAUUGUGA